UCCUCUCUAAGCUGCCCCUAGGGAUCUAUCCAGGAGCAAUCUUCUCUGUGGAAGACCAGCCGCAGCCUAGACAGAGUCCUCCGCCCCACCCCACCCACAGCAGAGCACAGACCCUUUUCAUUUGCGAAGGUGUUUGCUAAUCACACUGGGAGACAGGUGAAACACCUUACCCGAGACUGGAGAACCACAGCUUACGCCUUGAAGUAUUCAGUGACCCUGGAGUUGAAUGAGGACCACCGGAAGGUGAGGAGGACCACCCCAGUCCCACUCUUCCCCAAUGAGAAUCUCCCCAGCAAGAUGCUCCUGGUCUAUGACCUACACCUGUCCCCCAAGCUGUGGGCACCAAGCACCCCACAGAAGAAUGGCAGGGUACAGGAGAAAGUGAUGGAACACUUGCUCAAGCUCUUUGGGACUUUUGGAGUCAUCUCGUCGGUGCGGAUCCUCAAACCAGGGAGAGAGCUGCCCCCGGAUAUCCGGAGGAUCAGCAGCCGGUACAGCCAGGUGGGGACCCAAGAAUGUGCCAUUGUUGAGUUCGAGGAGGUGGAAGCGGCCAUCAAAGCCCACGAAUUCAUGAUCACCGAAUCUCAGAGCAAAGAGAACAUGAAAGCUAUCCUGAUCGGUAUGAAGCCACCCAAAAAGAAACCUUCUAAAGAUAAGAGCCACGACGAGGAGCCAACUGUGAGCAUCCAUCUGAACAAGUCCCUCAACAAGCGAGUGGAGGAGCUUCAAUACAUGGGGGACGAGUCCUCUGCCAACAGCUCCUCCGACCCCGAGAGCAAUCCCACCUCCCCCAUGGCUGGCCGACGCCACGUGGUCGCCAACAAGCUCAGCCCUUCUGGCCACCAAAAUCUCUUUCUGAGCCCAAAUGCUUCUCCAUGCUCAAGUCCUUGGAGCAGCCCCCUGGCCCAGCGCAAAGGCGUUUCCAGAAAAUCACCACUGGCCGAAGACGGUAGACUGAACUGCAGCACGAGUCCUGAGAUCUUCCGCAAGUGCACGGACUACUCCUCGGAUAGCAGCGCCACUCCUUCAGGCAGCCCGUGGGUGCGGAGGCGCCGCCAAGCUGAGAUGGGGACACAGGAGAAGAGCCCGGGGGCAAGUCCCCUGCUGUCUCGGAAGAUGCAGACUGCAGAUGGGCUACCCGUGGGGGUGCUGAGGCUGCCCAGAGGCCCUGACAACACCAGAGGGUUUCAUGGGGGACACGAGAGGGGCCGGGCCUGUGUAUAAAUUUCUCUUGGUACCGGCUCCAUCGAAAACCACCUUUGUGAUCAAGGUUCUCACCGACACCCGGCAUGACAUAGAAAUGGAAUUCAGUCCCCUCUGAAACAUUUUGUAUACAUGUAAACCUCUUAAUUUAUAUACUUUGUAAGGUAUGGAAAUUGUCUAGAAUGCCAGGCUCAGAACACCUGUUCUUCUCAGCAUGGCGUGUGUCAAUGUCACCUGACCCAGGAUGGUGGUUCUGGAGGGCUGUGGGAUGGUGGCUCCCUGGGGAGGAUCUGGUAAUAACGGGUCUUUUUUGGGGGACUGGGUUUUUCCAUACAGGGACUGAGCGACCCUUGACAGACUGAGCAAAGGCUUUCUAAGAGCCCAGAGGAGUUUUGUUUUUCAACAGUGAAUCGUUAAGCCAACAGCAUGGUGUCUUACAGGACCAUUCUUAUGCUCCCUGUCAAGUGAAUAAAUAAUAAAACACCCACCGGAAGUGCUGGCUUCAAGGUCGUAGACCG